AUGACCUCUGUCGAGAAUUUCCAACCCGCAUGCCGAAGUCAUGCCCUUAUCUUCGGAGCCUCCGGGAUCACGGGAUGGGCGGUUGUGAAUGCCCUGCUUAAUGAUUAUCCCGAGCCCGCAGCCUUCGAUCGCGUUACGGCGCUGACCAACCGACCCAUACAGCAUCAGGCCUUACAGUGGCCGUCUUCGCCCAAGCUGCAACAUGUCCAGGGAGUGAAUUUGCUCCAAGGGACACAGGAAGAGCUCAACGCCCGAAUCAGUGCUAACGUGCCAGACGUGGAGUCCAUUACAACCGUCUUCUUCUGCGCGUACCUCGAGGGACCUGAUAUGGAGGCUGAAACCACGACCAACACAGAACUGCUUAAGAGGGCAAUCUCAGCCGUUGAGGCUCUCAGCCCAAAGUUGCGAUUCGUAAUGAUGACCAUGGGUGUCAAGAUAUACGGCCUGCAGCGCGUCAGCAGUUUCGCUCAGGAAAGCGAGCUCCCUCUGCGGGAGACACAAGUCUUCUUUCCGGCGCCCUUCGACGAUGGGCUUUUCUACUUCCACCAACUGGAUCUGUUGAAGCGCCUUUCCGCCGGAAAGUCGUGGACCUACGGCGGCGUCAUCCCCGACGGGGUGGUGGGGUAUGCGCCGCACAGCUUCCGCUCGAUGGCCAAGCUGCUCGCCGUCUAUCUCAGCCUGUACUGCGAGAUUCACGGGACCGGUGCGACGGUCGCCUUCCCCGGGACGGCGACGGCGUGGGGGGCGCAGAACAGUGAAUGCAGCCAGGACAUCGUCGCGCGAUUCGCCAUAUACGCGAGCCUGCAUCCAGAGGAGUCCGGGAACGGGCGGCUGUUCAAUACCGCGGAUACUGUCCGUCCCACAACCUGGGCGGAGCGGUGGCCAAUACUCUGCGAAUACUUUGGGCUUCAUGGUGUGGGCCCGAACGGGGGAGACGGCCCUGGGCCCGAUCCCGGGCAAUUUUUCGUGGAGAAUCGCGCAGUAUGGGUUGAGGUGGAGAAGCGACAAGGCCUGUCUGGAGGUCACUUUGUCACGGAUGAGGGCCCCGUCUCCGGGGAGUUUGUAUCGCAGGUCAUCUUCAGCAUGCUUGACUUCGACCGGCAGCUGGAUGUAUCGGAGAUGCAUCGGGUCUGGGGCAGUGUCACCGAGGAGGUGGACAUUAGGAGCUCCUGGUAUCUGGCGUUUGAUCGUAUGCGAGCGGCGAACAUUAUUCCUUGA